AUGGAUUCUUUGUCCUAUGAUAGGCUUAAAUGUUUGAAAGCCCAAUUUGAGGAAGUUUUGGCUUGGGAAGAAUCUUAUUGGAGGCAUAAAUCUAGGGAUCUAUGGCUAUCAGAAGGUGAUAGGAAUACUAAGCUUUUUAACUCUUCAACUAAGCUAAAGAGGCACCGUAAUAGAAUAUCUUGUAUUCAUGAUUCUAAUGGGAAUUGUCUGUCUAAUGAUGGUGAAAUUGCUUCAGAGGUUGUUAAAUUUUUUAAGUCUUUGUUGUCUGCUGAAUUUGUCUCUUUAGUAAAUAAUUUUGUUAAUUCAAUCCCUUCCCUUGUUAAUAAGGAUGAUAGUAGGAUACUUAUGGCUCCUUUUACUGUUGAUGCAGUAAGAGAGGUGGUCUUUUCCAUGCAUCCAGGGAAGGCUUCGGGGCCAGAUGGGUUCACACAUUUGUUUUUUCAGAAAUGUUGGGACUUUGUGGGGAAUGAUGUUUUAUUAGCCCUUGAAGAGUCCAGGAUAUUGUCUAUUGAUCAAGGUGGUUUUGUUCCUGGAAGGGAAGCAUUGGAGGGUGCAAUUGUUUCUCAUGAUAUUCUGCAUUCCAUUUCACUUCAGAAGACUCUGGCUAUGAUUCUUAAACUUGAUCUGCUUAAAGCAUAUGAUUGGGUUGAUUGGCAUUCCUUAGUUUCUGUCCUCAAUCACUUUGGGUUUUCUCAUAGUUGGGUUAAAUGGGUCUUUUCCUGUAUUUAUUCUACUCAUUUCUCAGUUUUUCUUAAUGGUUCUCCUACUGGUUUUUUCUCUUCCUCUGAAGGGGUUAGGAAAGGGGAUCCUCUUUCCCCUUUUUUGUUUAUACUUUUGGCUGAGGCUUUAAGUAGGGCCAUUUCUGAUGCUAGAUCUUCAGGUUUGUGGAAUGGUAUUAGAAUUGAUGGGUAUCCUACUUCACAAUCUGAUUGUCUUUUUGCAGAUGAUACUCUCUUAUUUGGUUCAUCCUCUUUGGAAGAAGCCAGAGUUAUCAAAAAGAUCAUAAAUGACUACUCCUUUUCUGGGUAG